GUUAUAUUCCCACCAUUGAUGCCAGUGUGAUGUCUUCGCCAAGUUCCCCUUCAGACCCCAAAACGAAUGUAACCACCAAUGAUCCCACAGAUCAGGUCUCCGUCGACGCAGACAUCGCAAGAUUCUCUUCAAUUAUCUCUCCAGAACAGAGUACAGACCCCGAACAGGAGCUUUCCGAGAGCAAUCUAAACGAACUUCUGGAACAACUACAGAAAGCUGAGGGUGUGAUGGAUGGCGUAGAGGACAAGUUGAAUAGUGUUAUGGGCCAGUUGGAUAGUCUUCUAGAAACGUUAGAGAAGAAGGGUGAGGAGGAAGAUACGGAUGAGAAGUCUAAUCAAACGUGAAAUAUCGAUAGUGACCAAUUUCUUCCAAGCCCAAUGAUACUCCCAAGGCGUACAAACUAUUGCAAGAGAUUUUCAUACCGCGUUCAUCAAGCAUCGGUACAAAGCUACGGCUACAGAGUGGUUUUUGUGCGACACACCGGAGGAAUAAAUACCCUUCCUUCUAUUAUACGUGAAUAU